ACAUGUCAACUCAGACCACCACUAAUACCUCCUAAUAGUAAGACUAUGUCAUUCGAUAGCUCAGGUCCCGUCACCCAACAAGAAAUUAAUUCGUUUAUUAGUUUUAUAGAAAACCCUUCUAGAAUACCCACAACUGCGCUGAAUAAUGAAAUAGCGGAGGGGCAAGCUGGUCAAGACGUAGAGGCUUUAGGCUUAAUGUAUGAAGUUACCAAAAACCCUCAAAUACUUGAUAGAAUGAUAAAUUAUUCUGAUACUUUUUUGUCACUCCGAAAUGAUCCUAUAAAUGGUCGAAUUAUGUGGACUGGACAAAGAGAGCUUGUCUGGUGUACAAAGGCUGAUAAUGAAUCCCUUGCUGGUUACGCAGGUUCUGAAGGUCUUAAUACAAUUGGGCAUAUAGCAUACACGGCUUACCAUAUCCUUAAAACUCCUUGCCUCUGGAACGAAAGUGUUACAGGCAAUGAUACUUAUAAAUAUGGUACAACAUAUAAAGAGCGUGCGCUGACUUAUGUAACUGAAAUGGACAAGACUAUUGAUACCUAUUAUUUAAAAUAUUUCAUUCGUGAAAAUGAUUCGAGAAUUUAUAAUCCAAACUCUUCUGCAUGGACGAAUCUUGGUGAAAUGACUGCAAAUUCUCCAAUGCCUUGGAACCGACAACAAAUGAUGACAAAUGGAUUUUUAAGAAUGGCAGAAUGUCAUGAAAUUAUCGGUGAUGAUGAAUCUCGGGUUAAUAAAUAUUUUAAUAUUAUACAAGUUUCUAUUGAUUGGAUGGUCAGCAAUUUUAUCCCAGUUAAGUCUAAGAAUAAUCAUAACGUAUAUACAUGGAGUUAUUCCGAGGCAACUAAUUCUACAGAAAAAAUUGGUAUUCAUGCUCUUUAUGAUAUUUGGGGUAUGUAUCGGGCAUGGCAGAGAAAAGAUAAAUUAAAUGUUAGCAAGGAUGUUAUGGUAGACGGUACAUAUAAUAGUACAACUACAACUACCUUAUAUGGACCUUGGGCAUUUUACGCUGAAUUUAUUCCUGACUGGUAUAAAUUUGUCGCUAAUGUAAAUAUAAAUAAUGUAAAAACUGGUCCAGAGUAUAUAGGUGCACUUCUUUGGGUAAAAAAUUCGCGUAUGUCUCUCACCUCUCCUCCUAACACUGAAAUAAUAGUUCUUAUACUCACAUUAGUUUUCACGCUUCUAGCUGUUGCGCUUAAACUAUUUCACAAGCACAGACAUUCCCUUCGUUCUUAG